UCUUUUGCGCGUGCGUCUAUCGCUUUGGCUCUCAGUGUUGUUGCAAGAUGGCUGCGCUUGGUGCCCGGCGGUGGGCCCGAGCCCUGACCAAGGGGAACGGGCGAAGCGUUACAGCUCUUAUCUCUGGGGCAAGGGCAGCCUCCGGACCAUCUAAAGAUAUGCUGCCCGGACCAUACCCCAGGACCCCCGAAGAGAUGGCUGCUGCAGCGAAGAAGUAUAACAUGAGAGUGGAGGACUACAAGCCAUACCCCGAUGAGGGCAUGGGGUUUGGAGAUUACCCCAUGUUGCCUGCUAGGUCACAGCAUGAGAGAGACCCUUGGUACUCAUGGGAUCACCCUGACCUCAGGCGGAACUGGGGGGAGCCGAUGCACUGGGAUUUUGACAUGUUCAUCAGGAACCGGGUGGACACCUCCCCCAGCCCUGUCGACUGGAAGACUAUGACCAAACAUUUGUUUGGGUUCAUUGGGUUCAUGUUGUUCAUGUUCUAUCUUGGGGAAAAAUACCCUGCCUACCAGCCUGUGGCUCCUAAGCAGUAUCCCUACAAUAACCUGUACCUGGAGAGAGGAGGUGAUCCAGAUAAACAGCCUGAGGAAGUGAAACAUUAUGAAAUCUAAUAUGUUAAAUGUUUGCCCUAUAUAUUCUGUAUAUUACUGACACUGUAAUAAACAUCACUGAUGUGACCAAGAAAAACCAAGAGAGUUUUUCCUUUUUGCUUUCUGGUCCUGCCUGUCCAGUGAAAUGAUUAAAGCAGGUAUCUCUUGACAUCAAA